GCUCGGCGGCGCGCACGCCUGCGGGAGCCCUCUCCAGGCAACCUAGUGCUGAUCGCUCGUGCCGGCGCGGCCGUUAACCGCCCUUGCGGGAGCCGGAGGCUCGCCAGCAGCCCCCCUCCCCUUCGCGGGCCUCCCCCACCCGUUUCCCCGGUCGGCCUUGGGGCAUGAGCAGCGAUGGCCGGCUGCAGCCCUGAGGAGAAAACUUACCGGCGCUUCCUGGAGCUAUUCCUGGGCGAGUUUCGCGGACCGUGCGGCGGCGGCGAGCCCCAGCCGGAACCCGAACCCGAAGAGUCGGAGCCCGAGCCCGAGCCCGAACUGGUGGCAGCUGAGGCGCGCGAGGCGUCGGUCGAGGAAGCCGGGGAGGCGGCGGCCGCGGGGGCCGCGUCGGAGGAGGGGGAGCACGAGCAGGAGCGAGAAGACCCCGAGCCCGAGGAGGAGGCGGUGGAGGAGGAGGCGGCGGCGGCGGCGAGCGAGGAGGCGGCGGCCCGGGGGCAGUCGGCCGUGCCGCCACCGCAGACCCGGCUGCCGCCGCUGCCCCCGCUGCCGCGGCCACUGUCGGAGCGCAUCACCCGCGAGGAGGUGGAGGGCGAGAGCCUGGACCUGUGCCUGCAGCAGCUCUACAAAUAUAACUGCCCUUCCUUUCUGGCUGCCGCUUUAGCCAGAGCCACAUCAGACGAAGUCCUUCAGAGUGAUCUUUCUGCACAUUAUAUUCCAAAGGAAACAGAUGGCACGGAAGGGACUGUAGAGAUUGAGACAGUGAAAUUGGCCCGUUCUGUCUUCAGCAAACUACACGAGAUUUGCUGCAGCUGGGUGAAAGACUUCCCUCUCCGCAGGAGACCUCAGCUUUAUUAUGAGACCUCGAUCCAUGCCAUCAAAAACAUGCGCAGGAAAAUGGAGGACAAACAUGUCUGCAUUCCUGACUUUAAUAUGCUCUUCAACCUCGAGGACCAGGAAGAACAAGCUUACUUUGCAGUGUUUGAUGGCCACGGCGGGGUGGAUGCUGCCAUCUACGCUUCCAUUCACCUGCACGUGAACUUGGUGCGCCAGGAGAUGUUCCCCCAUGACCCUGCCGAGGCCCUGUGCCGAGCCUUCCGCGUCACCGACGAGCGCUUUGUCCAGAAGGCUGCCAGGGAGAGCUUAAGAUGUGGGACCACAGGAGUGGUGACUUUUAUCAGAGGCAACAUGUUACAUGUGGCCUGGGUGGGUGAUUCCCAGGUUAUGCUUGUGAGGAAGGGCCAAGCUGUUGAACUGAUGAAGCCACACAAGCCGGACAGAGAGGAUGAAAAGCAGCGGAUUGAGGCCCUUGGAGGCUGUGUAGUCUGGUUUGGUGCCUGGAGGGUGAAUGGAAGUCUGUCUGUCUCCAGAGCUAUUGGAGAUGCUGAACAUAAGCCAUAUAUCUGCGGGGAUGCAGAUUCUGCCUCUACUGUUCUGGAUGGUACUGAAGACUACCUCAUUCUGGCCUGCGAUGGCUUCUACGACACCGUGAACCCUGACGAGGCAGUGAAAGUCGUGUCCGACCACUUGAAGGAGAAUAACGGAGACAGCAGCAUGGUUGCCCACAAGUUAGUGGCAUCAGCUCGUGAUGCGGGGUCAAGUGAUAACAUCACUGUUAUUGUGGUUUUCCUGAGGGACAUGAACAAAGCUGUAAAUGUUAGUGAGGACUCAGAUUGGACAGAGAACUCUUUCCAAGGAGGGCAAGAAGCUGGUGGGGAUGACAAGGAGAGUCAUGGGGAGUGCAAGCGCCCCUGGCCCCAGCACCAGUGCUCCGCCCCAGCCGAUCUGGGCUACGAGGGGCGUGUGGAUUCUUUCACGGAUAGAACCAGCCUGAGCCCAGGGUCCCAAAGCAGCGUGCUGGAAGACCCAGGCUACCUAGAUCUCACACAGAUAGAAACAAGCAAGCCUCACGGUGCCCAGCUUUUGCCACCAGUUGAGCUGUUUGGUCCUGGUGCACCAAAGAGAGCCAAUCUUAUUAAUGAGGUAAUAAUGGAGAAAAAAUCAGUUCCAUCAUCAUUGCCUGAAUGGAGUGGUGCUGAAGAGUUUCUCUCUUCUUUUAAUGUGGGUUCAACAGGGCAGCAGGUAUGCAGCAUGGAGAGCUUGCCUCCUGUUUGUUCUAGGCUGGAAAACGAACAGUUCAAGUUCCUGGGAAAGAGAGUUUCUAGGUUGUCUCAUUUAUACUACCAUUACAAAAAGAGGCGGCAUGGAUUCAGGUUUAAUCCCAAGUUUUAUUCUUUUCUCUCUGCUCAAGAGUCUUCCCAGAAAACAGGCAUUAGCCUGUCCUCACUUAUUCGGAAUGGGAAGAGAAAUAGGAUGUUAAGAAGUUCUCUGCCAUGGAGGCAAAAUAGCUGGAAAGGAUACAGUGAGAACAUGAUGAGGAAGCUCAAAAAGAGUAACGACACUCCAUACCCAGAUCUUCCCUGGAGCUUUAAAAUAUAAUCCUUUCUCUCUAGAGUAGGCUAGCUAGCUCUCCCUCAAUAAAGAUACCACUAUCAGAGUAGAAACAAGGUAGAUAUUUCUGAAAUGUGUGUGCUUCAUUAUAGUGAGCCAUGGAUGGCUCAACUCUUAAAUGUAAAUAGAUCUCUAGGAAACUCAAUACAGUGUUUUCAAUCUAAUAAAGAACAGUAUUGGCAGUUUCACUAGCAAAAUUACACCCCUGGUCCCUGUGAUGUGUCUCUAUACCUACAUACACCCCCAAGACCCCGUCACGUCACUAGUGGAGGCUUGCGAGUUAAGUUAUUUCAGUCAGGAUAUAUAGUGCUGAAAUCUUGAUGCAGGUGAAAUUCAGUCUGAUGUGCCUAAUAUAUAUCUGGAAAACUUAAUGCAGAAUUAGAUCUAGUUGAGGAAUGUUCCUCAAAAGACUGGGGACUAUGAGGGAAAACCUCUCCCUUUUUUUUUUGGUAGGUAAAAGACUAAAAGCCAUAUGGGUUUUAACUGGAGAAAAUGAAAGUAGAAAACUAGUGUAAAAAUGUCGUAUUCUCAGACUUGUGAGGUGGUAUAUAGUCAAAAAGAUUCACUAAUUUUUUUCCUGUAACAUAAAAGACCAACAAUGAAAAUUUUUUGAAUUAAGCAUUUCCUAGGGCUAUAGCUAUUUGGGAGUUUCAUAACCCGUUAUGGUGCUUUUGACGGAAUUGUUUUUUAGAAGACCGCUGUCAAUUGGCUUUAACCUAUGAUGCUAAUGUUUUUCACUGUACCUUCAUCUCAGGAAUAAAAACUUGUUUAAUGGAGAUGAUUUCAGGUACAAAUAUACUAGAAUCAAGUUGCCAUUUUAAAAGAAAAUCAAAUAGUAUUUCUAUUUUUUCUUGCUUUUUUCUUUUUUUUAAAGUUCACAGACAGUAAAGGCAUAUACUACAAUAAAAUAAAAAGUGGUUCUGGAGAAUGAAAAAUACUAGUUUUAACUUCUCUAAAAUUGUUUCCCCUGAGGGAAUGAAAUAAUUGGUAUGGAAGAGGCUGAAAUUAACUGCCUAAAGUGAGCCCAGAGGUCAAGUGCAAAGUAGAAUGCAGAUGACUGCAGCUGAGGUCUGUUUAGUUGAAAAUUUGAGUCCUGCAUCUUCAGACCAGAGGGCCAGGACACGUGUUGCUCAUUUCAAUAUUUAUUUACAUUUGAUAUUUUGAAAUUGUCUGCUUUUUGCCAUUUCUGCAGUUUCAAGUAGGAACCAUAUCUGCAACUAGAGGCAGCAAAUAAACUAAUAAUCAGGUUAACUCAGGGCAGCAGCCUGCUCUGAGAAUCACGAAAUGUCUCCACAGGACGUUCUGCCCUCUCCCAGUCAGGCGUGGCGCCUCCGGCUUCCGCGUGCUGUCGGGAGGCACGGGCUGCUCCUGCCGAGAGGUUCACAGAGCGCAAUACGACAACUGCAUGUUCCCCAGACUCAGGACGGAGGACUGAGAUUCCUGGACUUUAAAAACAGAGGGGACUGUAGCAUAUUUUGGGGUGCCAGGGUAGCUAUAGCAAAUAAGUAAAAGAUUCACUUCAGCAACAGAUUGUUAAUCUACAGAUUUUAUUUUUUAAAAUUUGGAUGUAAGUAGAGAUUUUCAGUAUUUUUCUUUUUUGAAGUCAUUUCUUUUCUCAAGUCUUGUGAGACAUGGCUGAAAAGGAGGGAGCACACAUGAAUCCAACCACAGUACCAGAGUCUUCUCACCAUCCCGAGGCUUUUCCCCGUCCAUGGACCUCACAUCUGUCAUUUCCUGAAGCCUAGGUCAUGUUAACAACCCAUCAGGUGCAGUGUCAGUUUCAAAUCAAAUUAUCUAGGGAAACAAGAAAACAGGCAGCAGAACAUUGGUAUAUAUAAUAGUCCAAAGCACUUAGCCAAGUUAAAAAGUUUUUAAAAAGAUUCUUCUGUAGUUGUCUAUUGCUAAUGACUUUGAUCAGAAUAAAGAAGGUGAAAGAAGGUACAAGUGAUAGGUUUUCUUCAGUGGGAAAAAUGGUUGGAUGAAAUUGGGAGUAACAGGCAUCUUUAAGGGUCUGAAUUUUGUAGGUGUAACUACAUAAGCAGUGUUAACUCCAUUUCUCAUACCAGUAGCCCUCUAGAAAAUAAAAGUAGUUCUAGUGUGGUCACAUUAUAAGCCAAUAAUGUACAAAUUAGCAACUAUUUAUUUGUUCACAACAUAUUUAUAGAGUAGUUAGGUACCACUUGUAAGGUAAGUCCUUUAAAAUUCUAUAAUACAUAUUAAAGUAGUGGUUAUUGGUCUGACAUAUGCUGCUCUUGGGUCUGUCUAUAAACUAGAUAAAAAGCAGUGCUUUGUGAAACGCAGUGUUAUACCUUAAUGCCACUGGUGAUAGAAAGUAGCUCCCUUCAGUUCAAAUCCUGUGCCCUUAUUUGCUGCUUGCUGAUGUAAGCAAUAAGUACCCCUCUAACUAAUGGUAUCUACACAUUUCUGUAACUUGUAUUUAAUGAUGGUGUAUCUGGUGAUUGUAAAAAUAUUAGACAGAUAUAAAAGUAUAUAAUAUAUAUUAACUGUUAAUGCUGAGGUAUAUAGUCUGUGAAUUAUGUGUUUUGUACUUCUAUUCAUUGUGUAAUUUAGUGACGGUGGAGAAGAUCUACACCCAAUCCUUAAGAGUGGCAGUAUCCCUUUUACGAUUUAACAUGAUCUGCAUCAAUUUGUUUGCUUGCUGAAGUUUUGUUAGAAUAGGAAAUAGUAAAACAGAUAUUAAAAAGAGAGUGUAGUACUGGUUAGGGAAACAGACUUCAAGUCACUGACUGAAGUCACAUGAAUUCCUUGUACAUUCACUGUGAGUUUCAAAGGCAAUCGGUCCCUAAUUUCCUUUGUUCACUUUCUGGAUGUGGACUUUUAAGAGCGAUCUAAGGUUAAGUAGCAUUACAGCACCCAACACUGGGGCUGUUAAUCCCGUCUAGGUCUAUACUGAAAAGAAGGGUGGAAAUACAUGUAUAUAUCUUUUCUUUACCUAGAAGUGCCAUCCAUUGUCCUUGAAUUAAUAUACCGUUACUGUUGCAUUUAAUUUAACUAGGAGGAUCCUCGAAAGUAACACCUUUACCAAGGACAAUGUCAGCAAUGUCAGUGUCAACCCCGAGUCUGAUUCUGACCACAUUUAUAGUGGUCCACUGUCAACGUGGUGGUAUAGUGUCACUGCAUCUUCAUGCCAACAGCACUCCUUUGUUGGAACACUGUGCCAGUGAGAAGCGCAGCAUCCGGUGGGCAGAUGAAAUGAUGCAUAAAGAAGUUAAGUGUUUACAGAUAAAACUGCUGUGGUUCAGGUACUUCCUUCCCCAGCAAAGGCUUGCUGAGGCUUUGUGAGAAAGUGAUCUAAAUUAUUAUUUUAAUGUUUAAACAUAAUUUGUUCACUCAGUGAUCAUUCUCAUGGAAGCAAGGCCAUAAAAAAGGAAUACUACAGUUUUAACCCUACAAUUUAGGAGAAUUAUUCUUUGGAUUGUCAGUUAGCUAAAGAAAGAACAUACUUUUUUUUUCACCUUUUAAAAUCACAUGAUGUUAAAGGACAAGUACCCACUCUUCCCUUCUGACCUGUGAAUAAUUUAAAUGUUUUUACCCCCCCAAAAAGCAAAGUACUGCCAGUAUUAAUGACUAUUUUUUGAGACAAUGAUACUGUGUUGAAAAAAAAUUGGUACUUCCUCUAGUAGCAUUUUAUCUUCUAUUGUAAAGACUAUUUAUUGUACUAAUUAGAAAAUAUGAAAUAAGAUAGGGAACUCCAGACUGACACAGCAGUUGUUCUGGAAAAGGAAAAUAAUAAACUUUGAUGUAUUAAAUAAUCUAUAGAUACAUCAUUGCUAACUCUUAUUCUAGGUGCUCUUUGGUGAGAGACAGGCUUUGUUCUCUUGUUCAUGAUAUUUCUCUGCAAAGAAUUCUCUAUGGAGUUGAGCAAGUGAAUCAUUUCUUACCAAGCCAAUUUUAUCAAUUUAUAAACCUUCUCUGCAGCUCACUUUUGAGUUCAGUUGUAAUCAUGAGUGAUCCUUCAUAUUUUAUUUAAAACUGUUCAUUCAGGUAAGAAGUAUGUUGAAAUUUUGCCAAUAUCUUAAUAAAACCCAGCAAUUUAAAAACA